UUCGCGAAGAUUAUUCCGAGAAAACGAAUAAUUUCUUAACUUGGAAAAGUUUUUUAUAAUAAUUAGUAAUAAAACAGUAUAAAUAGAAUAUAUUUCAACAAUUUCUCAAAUGUCAAUAAUAAGACAAAGUAUUUAAGGAGGAAAAUGUCCAAUUUCAACUAUAUGGACAGAGUUCCUGUUAAAAUAUCGGAAAGUUUUAAACCACCUCCCAGGUUGUAUCAAUUGCCUCAAUCAAUAGUUCAUAAAUUGCAAUUACCAGCGGAGCAUUAUAAUGAAGCUCCACAAUAUUGUUAUGACUUCCAGUUGGAAAAAAAGGUUCUUGCCAAAAUGCCUGAGUGGCGACGUUUAAAGCAGCAGGAGCGAGAGGCACGCCGUGAACGAAAGGAUCAAAGAGAGCAAGAACGUUUGCAAGAGUUGGAAGCCAGAAAUAAACGUAUGCUAGGCGCGGUAAAUUAUCCGAGUACCGAUGAUCUGUCUGGUUCGGAUAAUGAGACAGAUUACAAGCAAACAAAUAAUGUUGGAAGAGAAAAAAAUGAGUCUGAUACAGAAGAGAGAUUAAUUUUACCCCCGCAAAUAAGCAGUUUUCAUAACAUACUACAACCAACUAUUGUUUCCAGUACUUGUGAAAAUUCCAAAAAAUUAAAUGGCAUAACAGCAUCUUAUUUGCAAACACAUGCUAAGGCCGGAAAAAAUUGUAGCGGUGCAAAAGAAGUAAAUGCAUUUAAUUAUAAAGACUUCGAAGAAGAUACAUCAUCACCUUUUGAUAAUAUUGAGUUAAAAACAAUUAAUGAUUUAGAUAUAUUAGCGCAAGUGCUUCAUAACACGCAAUUGCAUGUCCAAAAUAAGGAAAUAGAGGAUAAAGAAAAACAAUUUUCGCACGAAGAAAAAAUGGAGAAAAUUGAAGUAGAAAUUAAAUCUGAGCUAACAACCAAAGAUAAUACUCACAAAAAUAUUACAGCAGAGAACAAUAGGGUUGAACUUAAAAAGGUUGACUUUGAUAAAUUAAAUCACCAGGCUUGGCGCAAUGAAAACAUUCCAAAUCCAAUGAUUGCAAAUAACAGUAUGACUAAUGCUACGAAUUGUAUAAGUAAUAAUAGCAACACAGCGCUUCAUCCAUACAAUUCACUUAUUAAUCCUGCACAGCAUACUCAACAAAAGUCCUAUCAAACGUCUUACAAUACAUUAUAUAAUGGUGAAGAAAUUGCGCAGAAGUAUUUGAAUUUUAAUGCCCAAACUGAAAACUCUUCGGCAAUUUUGGGCAAUCACAAUUACCUAUAUACCCACAAUUAUAAUAGUAGCGCUUCGGUUUACGGUAGUCCCAGGCAUUUACUAAAUCAUCCAGCUGACGUUAAUUCUACACACUGUAUUGGCAACAAUGCCAAUAACUAUGUAAAACCGAUUUAUGUCAGCAAUGAAUCACAUUUGCAGAAUCAACAAUUUUUAAGCACCAGCAAUUACAUAGAUUCAAAAUCCAGGAGCGUUCCAGAUAUAAUGGAAGAGUUAAGUGACGAGGUUCGAAACUCAGAAAUACGUAGGUCCCGUUACUAUAGUUUUAAUUCUGAAGAAGAAAAACAAACUGAAGUCAAGGAUUUUAAUGAAGAUAUAACUCCAAAGCAGUCACCUGUGAAAGUAACACACUCAUCACAAGAGACAAAUCAUUUUGACAAAUUGCCUCUGCCUGCACAACGACUAGUUACAAAUAUUAGUUCUAUGGGCUUUCCGUUGGAGCGAGUGGCUAAAAUUUCCACAAUUUUCGGUACGGAUGAUAAAAAGAUCAUUGAACAUCUAAUACCACUUAGUGAAUUGAUGGAUCUGGGUUUCGACGAAGCGAAAAUCUCCGAGGCUCUAUUUAAAUUCAAUAACAAUAAAGAGAAAGCCUUGGAAUAUUUAAUUUCAUAAUUGCACGUGCCCUGUAGGGUCCUAUAUUAUACAUCUAUAUAUAUUAGUAUUAAAAUGCAGUUUAUGUGUGUAAUGUAUUAUUAUUUAAAACGUAUGAAUAAUUGAGAGAACUAAGAAACAUCAACCGCUUUCAAUGUACAUACAAAGUAGAAACUUCAUCAAAAUGUAAAAAAAAAACGAAAAUCACACUGAUAUGAUAUAUUCGUUAUAUUUUUUACCGAAAAUAUUAACGAUAAAUAACGCAAAUGUAAUUGAGUAUUCCUAUAAAUAAACAAAGAGAUACAAAUACAUGAAUAUA